AAAAUAGGCUUAAAUAAAAUAAAAUGAAUCCCUCUUUUUAAUUAUUACAAGGUGCUGUGGCUUUUAACGAAGAGGAGUAUUUUAAUGAAUAUGUGAUUUUAAAAAAUAACUUUACAUUAAAACCAACUUGAUGUUUGCACAUUUUAUUUCAGGCUUUCAGGAUCUUUAACAGCUAUAAAAUACAAUUUACUAUAUUGACAUAGCCCACAGUACUGUCUUACCCUUACAAAUAGGUUAUAUAUGUUUAUGUAGGUUUUUCUUAUGUUGUACAUAAAUACAUAUCCAUCCUAAAGCCUGUCAAUAUAUAUUGAUAUCAUAUACAGUAGUGUCCAAAGGUCUGAGACACUCCCACAAUGUGAAGAUAGAAUUGUUUAAAAUGAAUAUGAAAUUAAUAAGAGAAACAUGUUUAAGCAUAUAGAAAUGUAAUAUAUUGUUUUAAUAAAUGUCAUAUAACUAAAUAUAUAAAUCAAAUAUAUAUUAUUAACAUAGGCUAUAUAGUUGUAACAUGUUAAAUAGCCAUAGCCUAUAAAAUAUAUAUUCAUCAGCCUACUUAUUUUUAAUAUAUGUAGCUUAGAUAUAGGCUAUACAUUUUACUAUGGGUUUUUUUUAUAUAUAUGUUAUAAACCUAUAUCUUUAUAUAUAAUAUAUCUCCUUAUAAGUGACAAGAGAGAAAUACUUGAUUAGACUGAAGCCUGUGAGUAAAACCAUUAACACCUGACCGCCUCAGAAACAACGGGCCGUUACUGACGUGGUCCCCGGGCAGGGCUCGUAUGACGGUGUUGCGGGUUUGAUUCCCGCUGGAUCAAAGCUUUCGGAUGUCACGCUAAUGUACAUUUAUGUAUUUAGGUUAUUUCUGUAUUUAGGUUGCUGACAGAGGCUUCGGUGAUUGACAGGCCGGCCGUCCAACGGGAGCGCGGCUUGGCUCCCUGGCAGCGCUGUGAUUAGUCGGCGCGGGAGCAGAGGGGCGGUGCUGUAAGAUUACAGCAGCAGCUCUCUCUCCGCAUAUCCAGCGGACAUCUGGAGCAGCCCUGCCCGGGAAUCAAACCUCCGAGAACCAAGCGACAUCCCUCACAAAACCAUCAACCAGCCUGUUUCCCGGUGAAAACACAGCCGGGCUGCGCUGUAGCUGCUGCGGCUCUCCGGUCUGGAUCUCCACCGGGAGGCUGCCCUGCUCCGGACGUGUCUGACGGUCCGUUUCUACCGGUAAAAACACGGAGAUACGACGAAAACCCGGGAGGAGGGUGAUGGACUGAACUGAUCCGAUCUGAGAGGGUUUAGGCCUGAUGGAAGCUGCGACACAUCUGGACCGUGUGCGUCUGGAUCAGUCCAGGAUCCGUGUCUCUGGGAUUGAACAGAUUUUUUCUUGUGUAGUUUUUCUGUUUUGAUCAUUUUCUCUGAUAAACGGUCCUGAGUCUGAGGAGCAGGCGGAUCCUCCUCCUGCUGGUCUGGAUUAAAGCCCAUCAGGAUCAUGAAUCAUCCCCCUCUGCUGCUCUAAUCUGGGUUUUACCGAGCUGGAUUUAAAUCGGAGAUCCGAUCUGGAUUACUCUCCUCCUGGUUCCGGUCGGGUCACAUCUGACCCGGUCUGAACCGGUCCUGGUGCUGGUGUGAUAUUGGACUCGGUUCCGGUUCUCUCUGGACCUGGUUUGCGGGAGAGCUCUGCUAUCAUCAUGCCGACGUCCCGGCCUGGUUCGGAGCCGGUGGAGUUCUGGGUGGAGGGGUCGAGGCGGGACGGGACGGUGGAGGAGUUCUACAACCUGAGCUCCGAACUGGGCAGAGGAGCGACGUCCAUCGUGUAUCGCUGUGAAGAGAAACAGACUCAAAAACCCUACGCUGUCAAAGUCCUCAAGAAAACGAUCGACAAGAAAAUUGUUCGUACUGAAAUUGGUGUGCUGCUGCGUCUUUCCCACCCAAACAUCAUCCAGCUGAAGGAGAUCUUUGAGACGGACACUGACAUCGCUCUGGUAUUGGAGCUGGUGACCGGAGGAGAGCUGUUCGACAGGAUCGUGGAGCGAGGUUACUACAGUGAGAGAGACGCCGCUCAUGUCAUCAAACAGAUCCUGGAGGCUGUGGCGUAUCUCCAUGAGAACGGCGUUGUGCAUCGUGACCUGAAACCAGAGAACCUGUUGUACGCCGACCUGUCGCUGGAUGCUCCGCUGAAGAUCGCCGACUUUGGUCUGUCCAAAAUCAUCGAUGACCAGGUGACCAUGAAGACCGUCUGUGGUACUCCAGGGUACUGUGCUCCAGAGAUCCUGCGGGGAAAUGCCUACGGCCCCGAGGUGGACAUGUGGUCGGUGGGCGUCAUCCUCUACAUCCUACUCUGUGGGUUCGAGCCCUUCUUUGACCCACGGGGGGAUCAGUACAUGUACAGCAGGAUCCUCAACUGCGACUAUGAGUUUGUGUCUCCGUGGUGGGACGAGGUUUCCCUCAACGCCAAGGACCUGGUCAGUAAGCUGAUUGUCCUUGACCCUCACAAGCGCCUCAGUGUGCGAGAGGCCCUGCAGCAUCCCUGGGUGCUGGGUAAAGCCGCUCGCUUCUCUCACAUGGACACCACCCAGAGGAAACUGCAGGAGUUCAAUGCUCGACGUAAACUCAAGGCUGCCAUGAAGGCGGUUGUUGCCACCAGUCGGAUGCACGAGGGCUCGCGGCGUCGUACCGACAGCUGUGAGAUUCCAGGCUCAGGGGCCUCCAGACAGAGCAGUAUGCAGCAGGACCUGCCACCUGAGCCCACAGGCUCUGCCCCCGCAGACAAAGAGGCUCCACCCCCGGAUCAGCAGCUGCAGGACGAAGAAUCAAAGCCCGCUGAGCAAAUUUCCCUCAGCCCCUCCCCCCCACGCAGCCCUAAACCCCCCUGCUCUGAUGUCACGCCCACAGGACCCGCCCCCACCAGACCGCCGCUGCGAGCUGACGGGCUGCGACAGGCAUCCGUUGCCCCCAAAACCGCGCUGGUCCACCCCCGGCUGCCGCAGAAAAGCUGCUCUGUCGUAGAGCCCACCUCCAGGAUCGAGGCGACACCUGCAUUGGCCACACCCCCGAGUCCCAACAGCCUCAGCAAUGGCUUCACGCCAGGGGUGGAGCCGGCCAGUAAGACCGCCCACUGCCAGUGAUCACCUGACAAAGAGCAGCUCCUCUGCCUCAGUCUCACACACUAAGGUCUAGCUUCAUUUACUGGGACCAAACUAACAGCUACAUUUCACCUGGUCACCUGAUGUCAGAUCAGCUGUUAUCUCACAUGCUAACAUGCUAACUACUGCAGACUCACUGAGGUUUGGUUGGAUGUUGUUGCAGCUGGACAGAUGUUGAGCUGCAGGUUUUUCCUCUGGAAAUUUCAGAUACAAAGUAUGUCCCAAAUCAGAUCUCAUCAGGGCUCAUGAGGUCUCUUUAGGUCUCAUCAGAUCUCAUCAGGUCUCAUCAGGUCACAUCAGAUCUCAUAAGGUCUCAUCAGAUCUCAUCAGGUCACAUCAGAUCUCAUGAGAUCUCAUCAGGUCUCAUGGGAUCUCAUCAGGUCUCAUGAGAUCUCAUGAGGUCUCAUGAGAUCUAAUCAGAUCUCAUGAGACCUGAUGAGAUCUCAUGAGGUCACAUCAGAUCUCACCAGGUCUCAUGAGAUCUCAUCAGGUCUCAUCAGGUCUCAUCAGAUCUCAUCAGGUCUCAUCAGAUCUCAUCAGGUCUCAUCAGGUCUGUUUACUGUGAUAAGUAAAACAGCACUCAGUCAACAACAGUCUUAUAUGUUUUUAUAAUUAUUGAUUAUUUAUGUCCAAAAUCAUAAUAUACAUUAUCUCACGGCACUUUACAAGGUAAGGUCAACACCUUACUUUAUUAUAGAGAGAAACCCAACAGUUCCCACAAAGAGCAGCACUUGGCGACGGGUAGGAAAAACUCCCUUUAACAGGAAAAAAACCUCCAACAGAACUGGGCUCGGGGGGGGGGGGGGGGGCGUCUGCCUCGAUGUUGGGUUUGAGAGGAGAAAGAGGGGGGUGGGUGAGGACAUAGAGGGAGGAGAGAAAGUGUCAGAUAAUCACCACAGAGACUGACGUGAACAGUUUGGCUGUUUGUAGUUCUAACGCUGUGACCUGAACACAGUGCAAUCAUAGAAUUGGACGCUGAAGCAUUUUUAAAAAUAUGUUCACUCAGUUCACUGCGUCUGUUUCUUACCACAGUUUAAGGUUUUCACUGCUGACUGAGACGCUGCUCAAUGUUUGCUCCAAAUUGACCUGUUUAUAAAACAAAGCGUUUCAUUGGUGGAAUCAUCUGAUCACAGGUAUUUACACCUGGUGUUAAUCAGUGUUCUCAUUAUCUGCAUGUUGCUGCAUCAGAUCUCAGUGUAAAUGAAGGAGCUGGAGAAAUGUCAACAAGGGGAAGGUCGAGUGACAGCUGGAAACACAUGGAGGCUAACGAGGCUAACGAAGCUAACCCACAGAAAGCUGGGCAGUGUGUUGAAUCCUGUAGCUACUUCUUGUCAGAAAGGACUCAUCUGAUUCCAGGUUAGAGGGUUGAUUCAGUCUCUAGUGUCCUCAUUUCGUUUAUUUUUCCUUUUGUACUCGACCUCACUCAGGAUAUUUGGGACCCAGGGGACCAAGGUCCAGAGUCUCUGUUUGAUAUGACUGUUGAUCAACACAGACUCUGGGGGGGGGGGGGGGGGGUCUUUUAUGUCUGUGUUCAGGGGCCGGUUGUGUCAUAACCCGUCCAUGGUCUCUGGCUCUCUCCGGUUUCGAGACCCGGCUUGGUCUUGCAGGACGUAGCCCGUCUCACCUGCUGAGAUCUGAUCACAGAUGUGCGUGAGACUACCUCCAGAUGUGCUUGUGGUUCAUCUGUGGUCGACCAGUGUCAUGGCAGCAUCAGUCCUCAGUCCUGAUCUGACUCUAAAGCCUCUGAGGUAUCUCUGAGGACAGGGUCUGGUCUGUGGUUUACAGCCAGUCUGGGUUCUGAUGUGGGACAGAUGAAGACUCUGGUCUUGACUCUUCUUCUCCUGGUUCAGAAGGUGAACUUUUUCUUGGACGCUCAGGACGGAGCUGAUUGAUUGUAUUUUACUAAACUUUAUUAACACAUGGACACUGGCAUGAGGGACGAGGAGCUUCAUGUUUAGGCUGUAACGAGGAGGAGGAGGAGGAGGAAGAUGAGGAUUCUGCUUCUGCUUUGAGUUUUUUAUCCUUUCUACUCUUUCCUGUCGACUCCCGCUGACUGUCGUAGGUAGCGUAGCUCCAGUCUUUAGCCUUCAGGUGAGUAACAUGUUGUGUUCGUGAGCUUCUAGUAAAAUUUAGUGUUGUUUACACUUAAUCAGCUGUAAGGAUGACUUCCUGUUUGCACUGUACAUAGUUUGGUUUUAGACAGAUGAUUAUCUUUAGGGCUCCACAAACCCAGAGACAUGUUCAGUGUUCAGGCCCAGAAAAACCCAAUCUGAAUCAAACCUUUUGAUCUGAUCUGAAACCACACGUCUACCUCUAUCUGUACAGGGGCUUCCAAAACCACAAACACCAUGAACCACACUGAGGAGAGACGAGCAGCUGGAGCUGGUGCCGCUCAAACUAAAACUUAUUCCACAUUGAGACUCAGAUCAGCGGUGGCCUGGACAGUCCAAACAGGACCUGAGAAAACAGCAGCGUUCGUCCUCUGUCAGCUGACAGUUCAGUCACUAAUCCAGAGGUUGAUGGUCCAGAUGUUUCUGGCUCUCUGCUCAUCAAACAUCUGAAAGGAGGAACAGACAGAACCUUCCUCACUGAAGCUUUAACCUGUUGACUCCUCGUCCUGCUGCAGAGUCAGUCUGAACCAAUCAGAACAGAAGAAUCUAGAGUCUCCUCCAAUCAGAGUUUACCACUAUUGUGUAAUAAGAAAUCCGACACCUAUGAAAAAUGUUGAAAAUUUUAACUAUUUUAUUUUAUUCCAAUGUUCAUGUUAGUAGCUUUUUCAAAAAAUAUAUAUAUAUAUAUAUAUAUAUAGUUAUAGAUACAUUUUUUCAGUGCAAACUCCUUUUGGGGCCCGAGCAAUUAUGAUUUGUUAGAACACCACAGCAACUUUCUCAACUGAUGAAUAUCUUUUCAGAAUAUUAAGAGCAGCAGCAUUUAAACAAAUAAGAAUUAAGCUGUCUGAAACCAGAGGCACCGCAAUUAAUGAAAUCAAUCACUUAAUGAAGGGAAAUAAUAUAUCACAGGAUUAGGUAUCUAGCAAAACUGGAUCCAGAAAACAAAUAUUAUAAAAAAAUAAUGUAAAAAAACAAAUAAAUAAAGGGGGAUGAGAGGGAGGAGAAAGGAAUAAGAACAGCUAUAUAGUUUAAAAUGAGUUAAACCUGUUUUAUUCAUUAUAUUUUUUCUCUUCUUUAUUUUUGAUAAAUUCUUUUUCUCCUGAAUUUACUAGUUUAAUCAGCUAAAGUUUUUUUUAAUUAAUUUUUUUUUUUAUAAAAACCUAAAUAUAAAAGCCACAUUUACUUUUAAAGCCACGAGUGAGUUCAAGUGACUGAAUGACACGUCUGUAAAUAUCAGAACAGGAACAUAAUCAUGGUAAGUUACAGAAGUUAUUUGCUUAUAAUCUUUAUAUUAUCAUAGUUUUACUCUGCGGCUCAGAGUCAUCAUCCGGAUGACAGAGAGCAGGAAGUUUGAUCCUCAGAUACUUGAUCAAUACAGACCUGGUCUCGUCUGUCUUUCUGAAGGAGCUGUUUGAGUUUUCUCAGGCUGCUGUGCUUUUUGUUCUGUCUCAGCCACCGUACUGAGUCCUGGAUUGUGAAGAGAAACAUUGGUCUUCUUAAAGACGAACCCAACCCACAGACCCGUGGAGCCUCCACAGAUCGGGAUUCCUGAAUCCUGAAUCCUGAUCUGUGCUGGUGCUGGACUGGUUCAGACUGGUUGAACUGGCUCAGAUUGGUUGUUUGGAGAUGAUGAGAGUGUGACAGGUCUUGGGUUGUGGUUUGGUUCCUCUUGAAAUAAUCUGGUGAAAACCUGAGUUCUGGUUCUCUUCUGCUUGACUGAUCUGAUCCAGGUGGACUCACCUGUCCCCAGGUGUUUGAGACUUGUUGCCAAAUGGAAUUCUGGGUAACUAGCUGUCAUGGUGAAAGCAUGUAUACAGUAUAUUUGAUUUACAUCUAUACUCUUCUGUAAAAACAUGAAUAUUUUUGCUUCUAUUUAUCUCUGAGGGAGGUGUGGGCGGGGCUAACCUGUAAAUGGUGUUUGUUUUGUGUUUGACAGUAAACUUGUACCUGUUUUAUUUUGGAGGAGGACAUAUAAACUGAGAGAGGACAGUCACAGCUGUUACAGGUGUAUCUCUGCAUGUUGUUUAUUUUCUGUUGAUCAUAUCAGAUUAAAGAGGUUGAAGGUUUGAAUCCUGCAGGACUCUGUGACAGCGGCUGAUCUGGGUUCAGUCCCUGAGGCAGGAUCUCAUGUACAGUAAAGGAUCGAAGUUAACUCA